AUGGCGAACUUCCUCAUCAUCAAUGGUCCUUUUGCUUAUAACGUCGUCAUGGGGAGACCUGCCAUGAACGACCUUGACCUAGUUGUCUCAACCAAGGCCUUGGCCAUCAAAUUUUUUACCCCGAAAGGAACCGAUUGUGUGAAGGGUGAGCAGCAUUCGGCAAGACGCUGUUAUAAGGAAGCAUUGAAAAUAGGGCUCAAAGGAAAAAAGGUAAAUAUGGUUUCCGGAGGGGAGGUCCGAGUCACAAAUAACCGGGGAGUCAGCCACGACCUGAACCCACACGACAUGGAUUGCGACCGAGCAACCAGCCCGGCGGACGAACUGGAAGAUGUUGUAAUCAGUAGCCUCGAUGUUGAAAGACGCCUCCAGGUGGGCAAAGCAAAUCUGGAUGUUUUCGCAUGGAACCACGGAGAUAUGAUGGGAAUAAAGCCAAGGAUAAUGCAACAUCGGCUCAAUGUCAACCCCAACUAUAAGCCAGUUCAUCAGAAGAUGAGGCCAAUGAUGGCUGAGCGGUAUGCGGCAUUGAAAGAAGAAGUAGACAAGCUCUUGGCCAGCGAAUUUAUCAGGGAGGCCCAAUACCCGACUUGGGUGGCGAACCCGGUCCUGGUAAAGAAGAAGAAUGGGAAGUGGAGGACUUGUAUCGACUUCACGGACCUAAACAAAGCUUGCCCAAAAGACAGCUUCCCUUUGCCAAGAAUUGACCAGCUCGUAGAUGCAACGGCUGGCCACUAG